AUGGACGGAGGCAAGGCGACCAAGCGGUUGGGGGACGCGUCACGGCAGGCUGCAAAUCCGCCCAAGAAGAAGCCUCGGGUGGGAGAUGCGGCGGAGGGGGAGCAGCACGAAGAUGCAUUCACGCAAGUGCUGGCCGCGGCAGGAGCGACCAUAAAGGGCGAGACCGUGCUCAUUGACGAUGGCGUGGUGUUCAAGAGGAAGGUGCAAAGGGCACUGGGCAGCGAUGCCGCCCAGUUGCGGCGGUUUGAGGCGGCAUUGGAAGGCCUCGUGGACGACGACGCACAGCUCAAGAACUUCUUGCGCCCGGUCGUGGCCAAGACCAAUCGGGCGGGUGCGGGGCAGCACGACAACCUCGUCAAACUCCUGCUGGGCGUGGAGGCCGUGCAGCCCUUCCUCAUCGACCGUCUCCUGGAGAAGCUUCCCCAGUUUGUGGACGAUGGUGGCGGGAACUAUGGCGACAGUCUGCCGCGGCAGCUGCUGGCGCAGCUCCGCUGGCUGGACAACGUGGUGGCGGGCCAGCGGCUCACGGAGAAGCUUUGCGAGGCCUUGCAGGCCUGCCCCCUCUACCUGCGUCGGGAGAUCAUCACCGCCCUCCCCGAGAUCAUUGACGACUACGCCUACGAGGCCAUGGUGCGCGAGCUGCGAGGUCUAAUGGAGGAGGAGAGAGCCCUCACAGUGCCCAUACUGGACACGCUGGCCAACAUGAACCUGCCCGCCGAGCUCCUCGAGGACGUGCAGACCACCGUGUUGCGCUCCCUCCGCUCCGUUGAGGUGGAGGACCUGCCCGUUGUGGUCCGCUUCCUCCUGCGAUCCAUCACCAAGAGCAACGUCGACAAGGUGGUUCGCAAGCUGCGCCGUCACCUGGACUUUGGCGGACCCUCAGCGGCAAACACGGGCGAAGCCAUGACCCUGGAUUCGCUCAGGUCGGGGGUGCGGUUCCAGAAGGAUGUCACCAAGGCCUUCCUCAAGGAGAUCCAGGCAGCGGCCUCGGCGGCGGAGCAGAAGGUGCUGGACAUCUGGAUCCUGUUGGUGUUGGCGGGCCACUUUACGCCGGAGCUCGUCACGCACGCCGUGGCCGGGCACGGGCACACGCUCCGCGGGUGUUUCCCGUCCCUGCUCGGGCUGGCGGACUACCUGCUGCGAGCCUCCGAGCCGGCAAUCCGUCGCCACGGGGGCCUCCUCUACGUGCUGGCCUUCCGCCACUUCCCCGACACCUACCACCGCCAGGAGGUGCUGGGCGCUCUCGUCGCGCACAUCGGCUCGGGAUCCCCGCACGAGGUCGAUGGCACCCUCGACGUCUUUGAGCGCCUCGCCCACCAGGCCUCUGGCUGCGCACACCUCGCCGGCGUGCUGGAGUACCUGGACGGGCUGGCGGAGAGUCACGCUCGCCGGCUCCUGGUGGUCUUUGCGCGCGUGGCUGCCGCGGCAAACAAAGGAGCGGUCUCCCGGCUGUCCGACGACCUCCACAUCCUCAUCCGCAAGUACCUUGCCGCCCCCUCCGAACGUCACAAGCGGCUGGCCAUCCUGGGCUCGCUGGCGGCGCUGCGCGUGCCGCAGGAAGAUGGGGUGGACUCGCAUGCGCUGCUGGACAAUCUCCUCCACUCGUGCCAGAGCUCUUCGGCGUGCAUGGCCUUCCUCUACGACGAGCUGGCGGCCCUGGUGCAGGAGGGGGCUAUCGACGAAAAGCUCGUCGACAAGCUGAGCCAGUACCUUACCGCCGCCGCCACACAGCUGCUGCUGCUGCUGCUGCUGAGCGCCGGCUGUGCGAUGGCCGAGGGAGGCUUCACGGAGCUCUUCCUGGCCGACAUCCCCGAGGGAGAACACGACAACGCCGAGUACUGGAUGAACCUCGAUGGGACCGAGGCCGCACUCGCCCUCAAGCUGCGCGCCAUCGUCGAAACGGGCAUGGAGCGAGGCCGGGAGAUUGCGCCCUUGCAGGCCCUCCUGAAGUCGACGCACAUCCGCCUGCACCAGUCCAUGCGGGAAAUGGACGGCCUGCUCGGCUGCCCCCUCUCCCUCUACCCGCCCUCGUCCGUGCUCCGCAAGCAUUCCAACGGCGGGGACGAGGAGGCCGACGCCACGACGCUCUCGCCGAAACCUGGCGGCAGAGCCGAGCAGCACGAGUACGUGGCGGCCCUACGACCCUUCUUCCGGGAGAUCAAGCCGCACGUGUGCCUGGUGCUGGCCUAUCCGGACACCGAGAGUCAACAAGGCAAACCCCGGGCUGUCACCCUCGACGUGCUCGCGGUGGCGGGGGAAGUGGAGAGCCGCCUGACCCAUCUCGUGGCGUCGACCAAGCGGGCGGGUCCCGGCCGCCGUCCUCACCUUCCCGUCCUCUCCGACUCGCUCGGGGCACAGGUGCUGGGGGCGUGGGGGUGGGUGCCCGUGUUUGGGGCCAUGCACGAGCACCUCCAGCGGAUCGCCCACGCCUCCCUCGCCCUCGCCCAGCGACAGGCGGCGGCGGCCGGCACCGACACCAGCUCCCAGCUCAUCGAGCCCUCCGAUCCCGUGGAGAGCGGCGCGUCACAGAGUGCGGCCGAGCUGGAAAGCUGCAUGGUGCUCCUCCUGGGCUGCUUUGAGAAGCUCUUCCUCCUCGACGACCUCUUUGCUCCCGAUUGCGCCGCCCUACGCAAGGCACCACUCCCACCUCUUCCACCGCGGCACCUCCUCCUCUCCCUGCCCGUGCGGGCCGCACCGCGGCCUGCUGCUCCCGACUUCCUGGCCGCUCUGAGCGCCGCGCAGGGCGGUCGCGCGGGGGGAGGCGGCUCGGGGGGCAACGGCGGGCAGCAGCAGCAGCAGCAGCAGGCGGAGGUGGAGGGACUCUUCCAGGCCUUUGCCGCCCUCUCGGAGGCCACCACGUCCCUCCGGGCCAUCCUCGCCCUCACCCACCUCCUCGCCACCCUCGUCAAGCGCGCCUCGCCCUCCCAGCAGCAGCAGCAGCAGCCGGAGGAGGAGGAGGAGCAGCAGCAGCAGCAGCAGGGGCGGCCCAAGUUCCGUUCGCUGACGGGGGACACGUUUCCGGCCUACUACCGCGCCCUCCUCGCGCACCUGGACGCGUGCCUCACCGACCUGCCCCUGGCCAACAGCGGCGAGGAGCCGAGCGUGGCCCUCGCCCAGUGCAACCAGCUCGUCCUCCUCUUCCAGGCCCUCUGCCAGCUCUCCCGCUGCGAGCUGCCGGCUCCGGCGUUGACGGCGCUGCUGCGGCGUGGGCGCACGUUCCUGGACCGGUUCAUGAAAGUGAUGCCCUUCCUCUCGGCCCACUUCCUGGGCCACCAGGAGGAGAUCCUGAGCACCUUCAAGUCCCUCCAGCAGGCCACGCGCACCCUACAGGCCCUGUGCGCACACUCCAAGGUGGAGAAGCUGGUGGUGCUGGUCAACCUGGUGCCGCCCAUGCGGCGAUCGCUGGAGCUGCUGCUGUACAAGGUCAAGGCCAUGCUCAUCGAGAACGACAGCCUGGGUGCCUUCUCCCUGGGCAACCUCAAGCACCGCGAUCUCGCCGGGCGAGAAGUGCCCUCACAGCUCGACCUCGACCAAUACGACGACGACGACGACGACGACGACGACGAAGAUGGAGAGGGCGAGGAAGCCGCCGAGAAGGAGGUCGCAGCGGAGGACGACGAAUCCGCCACCACGAGCGACAACGGCGACGAGGACGAAAUGGACCUCUGA